AUGCCUGCCGAGAUAAUUGAGCUUCGCUCUCUGUCCAAUGGCACCCUUCCUCUUUUUGACAUUUCAAAGCAAAUUCUCGACGGGUUAUCCUGUUCAGUCGGCGAGAAAUACCUCCCCACAAUGCUUCUCUACGACGAACGGGGUUUGAGACUCUACGAUGACAUUACCACUGAAGCACCGGAAUAUUAUCUUUUUGGGGCCGAGGAGGAGAUACUCAAGAACCACGCAGACGCAAUUGUGCGGGCGAUGCACCCACAUCCCGACGUCCCCACCGAUGAGACCGUUUUGGAAUUGGGCGCUGGGGCAUUGAGGAAGACGUCCCACAUUCUAUUAGGCCUCUCGCGGUCCUCCUCACCCAUCACGUACUACGCUCUUGACCUCGAACAACGGGAGCUUGAACGUACUUUGGGAGGGAUUGAAGCUUCUGACAUUGGCAAGGUACAAACCAAGGGAAUGUGUGGAACAUAUGACGAAGGCCUCAAGUUUGUUGAGGAGGGGGGCCUGUCGCCACCCUUGCAUAUUAUGUUUUUAGGGUCUUCCUUGGGCAACUUCUCCAAACCAGAGGCUGCUUCUUUUCUUCGCUCGUUACCAUUGCGCUCGGGAUCGGGAGACACACUGCUCCUCGGGUUGGACCACGAUAAUGAAAAGGGUCGCAUCGAGGAGGCUUACAAUGACCCUAUGGGGUAUACUAGACGGUUCAUUAUGAAUGGCUUGAAAGCAGCCGGACGGGCCAUGGGCGACGAAACCAUGUUUUCUGAGGACAAGUGGGAGUAUGUUAACCGUUACAACGCUGUGGGUGCAGCAUUCUACAAAUCGAGAUCUGAACAAACAAUCACCGAUCCGACCACUAAGAAAACAAUCAAGAUCCUUCAGGACGAGUUGCUGAAGAUUGAGCAGUCUGAAAAGUUUUCUGAGUCCGACAGUUUUACCCUGUUCGCAGAGGCGUUCUUACGCCCUAUCCAACGAUGGACAGAUAGUAAAUCUCAGUAUUCUUUGUGGUUGCUGGAGCGUCCUUCAUUCAGCUUCCCUCUGCUCAAGUCUCUCUCUACCGAUAAAGCGACGGACAUAGGCGAAAGCUAUCACCGCGCUUCCACACGAUUUGGUGCGCCGUCUCGUCAAAACUGGGAAAACGUAUGGGCGGCUUGGGACUGUAUCACUAGGAGCAUGAUCCCACCUUCGAUGAUAUACCAGAAACCGAUUGAUUUAAGGCAUAUAUGCCUUUUCUAUCUUGGCCAUAUACCCACUUUUUUAGAUAUCUAUUUGUCGCGAUUAAUGCAAGAGCCCCACACUGAGCCGAUCGAAUUCAAGUAUAUCUUUGAGCGAGGAAUAGACCCCAACGUGGAUGACCCCUCAGAUUGUCACCCACACUCCGAGGUUCCUGUCAAGGACGAAGACUGGCCUACCCUCACCGCAAUAUUUCAGUUCCAGUCUAGAGUUCGAGCAAGACUGUUGAAGAUCUACGAUGACAUCGAUGCAGGAAAACUGAAGAUGACCAAAAGGAUUGGCAGGGUUUUAUUCAUGACGCUAGAACAUGAAGCUAUGCAUGCAGAGACGCUUUUAUACAUGCUUUUGCAGCGGGCAGGGAAGGGGACAAUGCCUCCUGUCGGAUUUAUUGCCCCGCCGUGGACAUCUCUCGCUGAGCAUUGGGAUUCUGCCCUACUUCCUACGUCGAAGACAGUAACUUUGGGACCAACGACCUUGUGCCUUGGACACGAUGACCAAGAAGGGUUCGAUUUGGAUGCCCCGGAGGACCUGGAUCAUGAAUUUGGCUGGGACAACGAGCACCCGCAGAGAGAGAUCACGGUUGGACAGUUUAAGAUAGAAUGGAGGCCUGUUACGAAUGGGGAGUUUUAUAAGUUCUACCUGAAUGAAGGUCGCGAUCAAGUGGACCUCCCCUCUAGUUGGGUUGAAAACGGUGAUGAAAUUCAGGUGCGCACUUUAUACGGCCCCGUGCACAUGGAAAUUGCCCAACAUUGGCCCGUUAUCACGUCAUAUGUCGACCUAUCGACGUACGCGACUGUGAAGGGGGGGCGCUUGCCAACCGAGCCGGAACUCCGACUGUUCUACGACAAAUUUGAAUCGGGCUACGAAGGUGGUGCGAAUGUAGGGUUCCGUAACUGGCACCCUGUCCCUGCAACUACAGGCUCGGCGAGGAGCUCCGGCAAGGGGAGCAAUGGAGGAGUUUGGGAGUGGACCUCAACUGUGUUUGACAAAGUUGAUGGAUUCGUACCAUCGUCGUUAUACCCUGGGUAUUCGACGGAUUUCUUCGACGGCAAACACCAAGUUGUGCUUGGCGGAUCUUACGCCACCAUCCCGCGGAUCUCAGAAAGGAGGACCUUCAGAAACUGGUACCAGCGGAACUACCCGUAUCCUUGGGUUGGAGGCCGUGUUGCAUACGAUAUCCAAGACUAG